GGAGACAUUAUACUUCAGCAACAUCUUCUUGCAACUCAUCUGUACUCUCUCCUCCUGACAACAUGUGCUGCAACUACUAUGGCAAUUCCUGUGGCUAUGGCUGUGGCUAUGGCUCAGGCUAUGGUUGUGGCUAUGGCUCAGGCUAUGGCUGUGGCUAUGGCUCAGGCUAUGGUUGUGGCUAUGGCUCAGGCUAUGGCUGUGGCUAUGGCUCAGGCUAUGGCUGUGGUUAUGGCUCCAGCUACUAUGGCUGUGGCUAUGGUUCUGGCUAUGGCUGUGGCUAUGGUUCUGGCUAUGGCUGUGGAUAUGGCACUGGCUGUUAUCGCUACCGACCAUUUUGUUAUAGAAGAUGUUAUUCUUCUUGCUGCUAAAACAUCACUGUCAGAGGACCAUCUCCUUCUGAAAUGACAGCUCCGAAGAUAAUGUUGAUUCAAGGAUCCAUAAUCUGAGAUUUCUAUAUCCAACAAAUGACAGUCUUGACAGUCUGACCUCAGCUACGAAUUUCCUGGAAUAGCAUCUUUGUAGCUGUAGGGUCCAUGGUAUCAUCUCACUAUGUUCCAAAUGAUAGCCUUUGCUGAUUCUCUCACUAUAACUGAUUUUCUGUGGUAACUGUAUUAAUGAAUGUAACAUCUAUAGUUGGGUAAAGUCACUUAUUUUCAAUAAAAAUGAUCCUUGGUUUCUAACAACUA